AUGUUACCUUUGAUAACCAACUAUACAAAUCCGAAUGUAGAAAGUUGGAAUCUAUAUGAAGUUGACGUCAUAAAAUACUGCACAUCUUUAGAAUCUGCAAGAAAAAGUGCAGCUGACUCCAAUUAUGAAACAACUGAUGAAGAUAGGCUGGGACGUGGUAAAAGACAACGCAUUUCAUAUAAUCGAUUUAGCAGUGAAGAAGAGGAAAAUGAUGUACCGCAAUCAUGUAAAACUUAUAAGAGGAAAGCAAACAGUAUGAAUAAAAUGUCUGCUAUUCCAGCCUGUCCGGACAAUUUAAGAUUAAACAAUAAUAAUGAAAACAAUGUAAAUGAUAUGAAUGACUUUCCACUUUCAUAA